GGAGACUCAGAGGGAGGAGAGGGUAGAGAGAGAGAGAGAGAGAGAGAGGAGAGGUCCGCUAGCGCUCCUAACCCGUCUCGGUCGCCGUAGAACGAGCGGCAGCCCCAGUCGAUGGAUUCGCCGGAUCCCGGCCGCACACCGGCACAAGGCGACGAAGUCGCCUCCACAUCCCCGUGGCCUCUCCGCAAGCUCCAGAGUUUUGCACCAGGGCUGUGGUCACAAUACAAAGUUUAUGAGGAUGCGGUCGUGGAGAGCACUAAAGAAACUAUCGCGGAUGCUCUGGUCCUUGUGAAAGAGCAUCAGGUGGAGGCUAUUGGAUGUGCCACUGUUGCAGGAUUCAUUCUGUUCAGAGAUGAGGGAUUUUUUUGUGCAAAACGGGAGUCGAACUCCCGACUUGGAGGAUCCCAUCCGGACGUGCUACCAGGUCCUCGGAGAUUUUUAUACCGCAAUACCUUUGGCCGUUUCAAGACUGAGAAGGAUUUACUGAAUGAUGCUGAGGAAAGUAUGAUGGAGUACAAAAAAUCUAUUGAGAAAUUGAAGAAAGAAUCGAAAUAUACUCUUGACAAAGUAGUCAUUGGUGAAAGUGAUCUGCGGCGUGGACAAACUGAUUUGAGAUCUACCGGGAAGCAGAUCCAAUCUCUCAUAGGUUCCAUAUACAAGGCAGAAUCCACAGCUGCAGGUCUGAUGGAUAGACUAAGAACCAUUCCAACCAGGCAAUCUCUUGAGCUGCGAGCGGAGGUGGCUUCCAUGGCCUCGGGUUUGAAGAACCGGAGAUGUGCCUUGCAGGAAAGAAUCAACAAAAUAUCUGAAUAUGGUGUCCGUGUCUGAACUGCACCGUCUAUACACUUCCCCCUAAGGUCGUUUCAUACAAUAAACUGUGAAUCCACCGUGAGAGGUGUGUUUGUUGAUCGGACAAGUUCCGUCUCCAAGAUUCUAACCUUUUUUUUCUUGUCAGCAUUUUAAAUGCUAGGACAGACAAGAUCACCCAUCAGAACCAUGAAAUGUUACUGUCAGUGUACUGUUGAGCAUUUCUUUUUUGUGACCUUGUGGGAAAGCUUUGGAUACUCCCCAUUUAUAUGCAAUUGCAAGGAAAACUAUCUUCCA